AUGAAAUUUACUUCUUUUAUGAAGAAAAUUUUUAUUUUUAACGUAGUCAUUUCUGUUUUGAAUAAGUAUGUAAAAAGGGAAUCCUGUGAUUUUUCCUUUUUUAUAUAUUCGUUAAAAACAAAGGGUUUUAAUAAUGCAAAUUUUAACAGCAGCGAUGAAUACACUGGAGACACGAGUGGCAUCGAUGGUGAGGGAGGAGAAAACGUGAAGGCGCCUUUUACAAACGCUGCAGAGGAUAAAACGAGAAGCACUAUAGGCUGUAUUAGUGGUGCUGCUGUUUGGAGAUGCAGUGGCAACAAAAUAAUCAACAUAAGCCAGCUAAAUGCAACCAUCACCAACUUCUUCUCAAGCGCUCUGGCGGAAGCAAUUGGGAAAAAACCGGAUAAAGGAAAACACCAAGAUGACAAGCAAAAGGAAAAUGAAGCGGUGAAAAGUAGAAGAAUACCAAUAGUACAUACCUCCAUCGAUGAUAUUAAAGAAUAUGCCUAUGUGAAGGGGAAAUUGAAAUUGAUCUAUGUCAGAUCCUUCUACGAUAAUGAUGGUGAUGAUAGCAAUCUCAAAGAGUUAUAUGAGGCAAAGUUCCAAUUUUACAAAGACAGAGUAAUUUAUGUUACGACCUUUGCUUUGGUAAAAAAUUCCCUAAGCAACAAUAUUAACCAAACAGAAAAAUGGUUAAAUGCCUCGAUGAAGGUUUUACAAAAAAAUUAUUAUAAAAUAUCCGCAAGGUGUAAUCCUGCAAUAGAAACAUUUUAUGGAAGCAUUUCAUUUAGUGAAGAAGAACUCAAGCAGUUUGAAGCAUUAAGAAAGGCACUGAAAAGGAACGUAAAUAUAACACAUGAUAAUCUUUUUUCCAACUUGGAUAUAUUUAAAAGUGCCAAGAGGAAAUACCUCGAGUACAUGAAUUACAGUUCUGUGGAUCCCAGUUUUAUGAGCACGGUAGAUGCAAAGGAUGGCCAUUCAGAUGUUACGGAUUCUUUCCAUGUAGAGCAGGAUCUUCUGAAAAGUUUAAAUCCCUUCGAUAAAAUAAAAUAUGUGUCCCACGGGAGAGUCAAAAAUAGCCAUAAGAUAGUGUGUACCCUUGAGAAAGACUUUAAGAAGGUGGAAGACCGAUUCAUCUUGUACAACCUGAUACGAGACAACAUAAUCGAAUCGGAAGAAACUACCGAAGUGAUUAUUUUUGAGACCAGCAAGAAUGGAAUAUUCACCUACGAUGCAAAACAUUCCAAAGAGAUCAACCUGAUAAGUAAAAACUUUGAAAUAGAAAUUAUGAUGGACAGUAAUGCAUUCUUAAACGAACAUGAUAAAUAUUUUUAUUUAAAUAAGUAUAAUUCUGUACACUUGGAGCUCCAAAAUAAGGGCAUAAUAAAAUAUGAUUUUAUUUAUUCCUGGUUAUCUACCUACUUCAUCGAUAGCCACAAGCAUAAAUUCUUUUACCCCUGUUUUUAUGUGUCUACACAGUAUGAUGUUUUUGAUAGUGGAUUAUAUGGGGUCAAUUUUUACACUCCUCAAUAUCAUACUUUGUCUGAGCAAGUACAAAGCAGUUCUCCGCACUUGGACAGUUGGAAAAAGGAGGUGGAUAGUAACGUGCCAAACGAAGAGGUAAGCCAGGGAGGCACUACAAAGAGCAUUCAAAACGAUAACAGUUUCUCCUUCUUAGAGUUAAAGACAACUCUACAUAAUGAGAAUGUUGGAAGGGGGAGUCAUGGGAAUAAGUCAGGCUACCAUAGAAACAGCGGGAUGGAAGGCGAUAGUAACCAAGGCAAUUCCGCCAAGGAUGCUCACAUGAAUCCGAAUAAUAUGGGAAGUAGAGGUGCUGAAAGGGACAAGGGAGAGGAGAAAAAUACUUAUGAUCCUUCACAUGUCCGUAUGGUCCCUCCUGCUAAUAAACAAGGUGUUAAUGUUAUGGGCUCUAAAAUGAAUGCCCAGAUAGGUAAAACAAGAACUGAUGUGCCACGUAAAAAUAUUAAUGCAAAAAAAGCAACGGCCAGAAAAGGUCCUAACAAUAAGGCUGCUACAAAUGACUCCAGUAAUUCCUAUUUGGAUAAUGUCUUUGGAUACGUGAACAAAAUAAAAAAUGUCAUUUGCGGUGAUGAAGAAAAUGCGUCUACCAGCCACACUUCUCAUAAAAUGUCUGAUAAGCGCGAAAAAUCAAAGAUGCCUCAACAAGGUAAGUCCACGCGUAAGAAUUCCAUACGUGAUAACUUCACACCGGAUGACGCAAUCAUACCCUGGAUAGAACCAUUCAACGAGGACAUUCAGAAAAUGAAGGCCAUGUACAUAUCGAAGGAAAAACCCCCGCCACUGGAACAACAAGCCAAAAAAGCAUUCCCUUCAAUGGAGGAACCUAAUAAAUACUCUAAAGAGCCAGCCACGGAUCAGCCAAUACCCCCCGUUCCAAACAUGCACCAUGAAAUUAUUUCGUCAGAACCCAAGCACGCGCCUACCUUUGACACAAUACAUGUCAAAGACAUUGAAGACUACACAGAAAAAAAGUCAAAUGAACAUUUCGCCCAAAACCCGAAGGAACCAAAUGAAGAAAAGUAUGACAAAAAUGGGGAGGACAAUUUUGAAAAAAAAACGGAAGAGCAUUUUGGAGAGAAUGCAGAAGACUCCUUUGGGAAUAAAAUGGAGACUCAGCUGCAGGAAACGUUGCUGCAACAAGUUGAAGAGGAAUCUUUUGAAAAAAAAAAGGAAUAUAUGAGUAAACUAUCUGAAGAUCACAAAUACGAUUCGUUAAUCCCCUUUUUGUAUAAAACAUUUCAUGAUAAGGCACUCUUAUCCGGUGAUUUUCUCAAGAGUGACCAUUACGAUAGGGAUGACUCUGAUAAGUUAUCGGUGCAACGAAACUCAAGUGACGAUUCUAAUGAAGAUUUUGUUCAUUCAUACUAUCAAUUUCCGUCUUUAAGGGAAGGCAGCAAAACGUUUGCAAGCAAUUUAUCUGGGGAUUCCUCCGACGCUGAUAACACACAUGUACGAGAUGUAGAUGAAAAUUUAAAAGAUAAGAUUUAUGAACAGAAUGAUUAUUUUCCAAGGUAUAAAUACAUACUAGAAGAACACCCAAGUAGAAUAAUUGUGGGAUUGCUUCAGGACGACACAGAAACUGCUUUCAUUGUGGACUGGCUAUAUGGGGAUAAUAUACUAUGCGUACUUAGAUCCAAAUUUUACAAAGAGUUAUAUUACAAUAUGGUACGAAAAAACUAUUUGAAAGUUUUGAAUAAUUUUAAAUUUGGAAAUGAUAAGGAAUUGACCACAAUGUCUAGUGAUACUAAGGGGGUAACUAUGAGUGCGAAUUUUUAUCCUCAUUUUUCGGCCAUAAAAUUCUUUUUUAAUGAUAAAAGUAGUGACAACUUUGAGAAUGAACUGAAGUCUUAUAUGUUGAUCAUCCACUAUUUGCUAAAUUCGUAUAGUAGUCCUUGUAAGGAUUACAAGAAUGUUAAAUAUUUUUACAGCGACGAUACUUUCAAUGUGACUCACUUAAAUUUUAUCAGUGACAAAUUACUUGCGCUAAUCUCCGAGUGCGCCUUGGAAACUAUGAAUUGGGACAUCCCCAUAGGGAUAAUAAGAAAAAAUGAAAAUGGCAUCAAUAGGACCAUUUUCAGUAGGACCUUAAAAGAUGUGAGAAGAAGUGUACAUGACUAUGCACUCAAAUUUAGAACGAUAAAAGGAAAGGAUGCAGUUCAAUUUGCCAUGAGUAAUUAUACCACGGUCGCAGACGAUUACAACGUUAAGUAUGAUAUUUUUCUUAACGUCAUAUCUAGACUGUUCUAUUUGCACGCUGUAGGUCUUGUCCAUGGCAACAUCAAGGCAGAUAACUUUGUUGUUCAGGAGAACGAAGAAGACGAUAAGCAUGUAAAGGUCCUUCUAAGGUCAUUUAACGAUGUUGUGGAAGAAGGCGGUUAUGGAAAUUUCAAAGGAAGCGCAAUUUACGCAGCUCCCGAAAAAUUAAAAUCGUACUUCAAUACCAUCACGUAUAAUUUAAAAAGUGAUGCUUUUUCUCUGGGAUUGAGUUUAGCUACUAUAUUUACCAAAAAAGAGUUUUUCCUUCAAAAGCUAGAAAGGAAGUUAACGUAUCCUGUGGAUAAAUAUAUCCUCAGUCUAGUUCGAAGAAACCCCAUGGUGUUACUAUGGAUCAAAUCGAUUAAUCCAUUUUUACGGAAACGACUAAGUAUAUAUAAAUUUAGAUCCUACUUGAAAGUUAGCGUGGAAGAACUAGAGAGAAGGCUGUCUGAAAAAAGUGUCUACAAAUGGUUUGAUGACAAAUUCCAAUUCAUUAAUUACGAGGAGGAAGAAAAAUUACAUGAUCUUUUUACAAAAGCGGAAGGGAGAAAUGUAUCUGGAUUGAGCAAGAACUCAUCCGAAAUGAAUACCGAACAAAAGCAAAACGAUUUGGAAUCCUGUUUUUUUCGUUACACUCAUGCAUCGAACACGGAGAAGGGAGGUGACAUGAACACUCCAAAGGACUCCUACUCCCUUCAUAUUUUCAAGGGAGAAUCUUCAUCUAUUGGCAAGAACGAAGGUGUUUCUUUUUAUCAAUUUCCUGUGGGGGUAAACCGUACAAGUGCGUCUAUACGAGGAAGAGAUUAUAGCGAUGGUGACAGCGAUGGUAGCGGGGGUAAAACUGACCAAAGCACGAAACACUACUUUUCAAGCAUUUUCAAGCACGACUUUUGGCAAAGUCCUAUCCAAAGGAAUAAGAAGUUCCGGAAAAGGAAAAAAGAUGGUAGGGAAAAUAUUUACAAAAUACCAUUCGAUAGAAAUUUCGAACACCAAGUGGAUUUCUCCUCUAUAGAUGCACACAAUAGGAAGAAUUAUAUUAACGCAUGUUACUCUUUUAAAAAUGAAGUUGUCGGGACUGCCAUGAAGACGCUGUCCAUUGAACAUGAAGCUUAUAGGGCGGACUUAUUUGACAUGUACCUACUUAACAAGGACAAGUUACUGUAUUUGGUAGACAGAGAUGAUAAUGUGAAACAUUUAAUGUAUGUUUUACAAGGUUUUCCGACUCCAGACUGUAGAGGAAUAUUGAACGAAAGGAUAUAUGACAAAUGGUACAGCGUUCGCAAGAUGGUUCUUCUAAAAGCUUUGCUUUUUUAUGGCUACUUUAGCCUCCACGAGAGAUUAUCAUAUGAAUUUAAACUAUACGAAUUGCAGAAUUUCCCCCUCAGUGAAGAUAAUAGUGAUACGUUCGAAACAGUUGUGAGGAGAUGUAUAGAGAGGGAACACUUUAAUGAAUUCAGUAACUUACUCUUGGCUCAGUACGUUUAUGAUAAUUACCACCAAGGAAAUCAAUACAUGAGUAUAUUCAUAAAUUUUUACGCCGUAAAUGAAACUGUAUAUGCUAUGGACACCAACGCAAUAAAUAAUCUGAUGAAGCCUUACAUAAAACAGAGCUUUAGCAUCAUUAACUUCGACAAUGCGGAAAAUUUUUUACACUAUAUGAAGAGAAAAGAAUUGUACAAGGACAUGGACCAGGUCGAUCGUGUGCCAAUAAAAAUUGAUAAGUCAAAUUAUACCGACCUAUACGAACAGAAAGUCCCUCUCAUAAAUUCGUUUGUCAUAAAAAUAGACAAAUUUGUAAUCAAAGAUAUGAGUAUAAAUUUGGCUGUUCUUCUAAAUAACGCCUUUUGGGGGAUGAAAAAUAAGUGUAAGUGCGUAAACUAUACUCAUCUUCAUGUUAGAACAGGAGGAAGCGAUUUUCCACAGGGACAUAUAAGUGGAAACCAAAUGAUAGAUUUGCACAAACCUCUGGGUACUGUAUUGAGGGAAAUUAUUCCUGACAUUUUUGAUAAGCAGAACAACCCAAAUGAUCUGCUCUCGUGGCGCACAUUCAAACCGAGCAAUAUCCACCUUCAUGUUGUCCUUCGAAAUAGUUUACACUUCAUAGACAGGAGUACAUUAAUAUCUUGCUCGAAAAAGCUAAGUAAAGUGGCACCUGUGUACUUCCCUAACUUUACAAAUUCUCACAAAAGCGAAAUAAUGAAAAUUAAAGUUGGACUGGGGUCAUCAAAAUAUUUUUACUUAUCAUUUAAUAUAUCUUUGCUUAGAUCAAACGAAAUAACCUUGAAGAAUGUAAUUUAUUUUAUAUACAAAAAUUAUAAGUCGCAACUGGAAAAAAAUGUUAUGUACAGAAAUGUAGGAGGAAAAAACAGAUCGGCGAAAUUCAACUGCCUUGCGAUGAGUGAAGAUAACACUUUUUUUUACAAUAACGUCACAGGGAAUCUGAUCAAAGAAACUUCUCUCAAUAGAGUCAUCUCCGCUUUGUACAAUGUUGACCUGAUGGAGCCCUCUUACGUUAUUAAGGCCGCCCUUAAUUACUACAACAAUAGGGGCAAUAAUUGCAUCUUGUUGAGGCUGGUAACUGUUUGUAAUUCCGUUCGUGAGAGGAGGAAGGCGAGUAAUGGAAAGGAGUCGGAGUUCGUUUUGGAACACUCGGCUGGAGUGUAUUCGGAUGCGGCGGAAGGCAUAGAAGCGGAAGGGACAAAAGUGGAACGAAUAGAAGCGGAAGGAACAAAAGUGGAAAAAGCAGACACAGAACGAAUAGAAGCGGAAGGGACAAAAGUGGAAAAAGCAGAAGUGGACAGCACAGACGCGGCAAGUACAAACGGGACAAACGCACACGCGGAACGAACAGAUGAGGAGCACACACACCAUGAAGCCGAAGGUCUUGAAAAGACAACUGAUGAGCACACAGAUGUGGAACCCAAAAAUAGUGAACCUGCAACUGAUCAGCACACACCAGACGAAAUUACAAUUGUUGAAAUGCCACCUGAUGAAACUACAAAUGCUAACCCCCCGAAUGAUGAACCCCCAGUUGUGCUCUCUCAAAACGAAUCGUCCUUUCUGCAAAGGCAGAAACAUGUGAUAAAGGCAAUAGAUAAGGAUGGUGCUUAUCACUACGGAACCGUGGAGUGCUUGCACUUCUUACACAAACAGGUGAUCAAUUUUUUCCACGAAAGUAAUAUAACAAAUGCGUUCGAUCAGAUAACCAUUCCCUCGGAGUACACAUAUAUAAAUAAAAAGAACAAGUUGAGAAAUGGCAAAUUCGAGUAUAGUACAAAAACGAUAAAUUUUAACAUCAUUUCCAAUGUGAUGAAUUUACAACGAUAUGAUAAGGAAUUGUACACCUUGGUCGAUUUUAUGAAUUUAAUUAUACAAUGGUUGGUGGAGCAAGGAUCUUUUGAUAUUAAAAACAAAUGCAACUUUUUAUCUUGUAGUAGCAACAGCCCACAAUUCGGGAUGGUCUUAAGUAUAACCACACAAGGGAGAGUCAAACAUGUGCUAUACAAAAAUGAUGAAAGUCUGAUGAAAUUUCUCUUUUAUAAUAUAUUGAAAGAUCACCAGUCAAAGCGGUACUCCCCCGAGCUUAUAGCAUCCGCCAUUAAGUUAUACAAUUUGAAGGUGACCUUUUUUUUAAUGGAUGAAAUUGGUCAUAUAUUUCCAGACCUCCAAAGUUUGUCUAACCCUCCGGAACAGACCACACCCCUUCCCCCGUUCAAAGACUGCUUAAAACAGCUAAACGGGAAAAAUGUGACCCUGUAUGGGGAUGAGGCAAACCAAGGAAUGUACGUCUCCUUCAUAUUAAAAUUUUUAAAUAAAAACAUUAUGUACAGAAUUUCGAAGCAUGAGUUUUACAAAAUAAUAUACGACUUUAAUGGUAAUGAAGUGACCAAGGAUGAAGGGGAGAAUUUACAAAAUCCCGUUUUGUCGUCUAUCCCCGAAAUUGAGGACAAGUUUCGAUAUGUGUUUUUAAGCGAGCUAAGCUACUAUGUCAACAUCCCCACUGAGUUAAAAAAAAGAAACAAAGCAGUUUCGGUUACCAUGAAUCCAAAAUAUUACGAAUUAUUAAGUCAGAAAUGUUACCUGGAUGAACAGAACUGCUUCUACGCUGUUGAGGAAAUUAUUAGCAACGUCAACGGAACGUUUAUAGAACCCGUUUUUGUUGUUAAAAAUGUAAUGAAUUUUUUCCUGAGAAGAAAAAUCCGUGCUGUUUUAAGCAGAGUAAAGAACACCAUAAUUAGUUAG